AUCUCAUCACUUCCAGCCAGCUAUUUCACAAACUCCCCAUUACUAUUUUUCUCACUCCCCUUAGGGUUAGGGUUAGGGUUUUUACUUUCUUAUUCAAUUUAAUUCAAUUACAUCUCAAUUUUCUUUUUAUAUUGGCAAGCUCAAGGUUCAGUUCUUACGUACAAUUUUUUAUAAUUCGCUGUUCGGAGUACUGGGUGGGGAUCUGGAUCUGUGGUAAUUUCCCGUUCAAUAAAAAAAUAGGAUGAUGGAUACAAGAAAAAGAGGGAGGAGAGAGUUCAAUGCUAAUGGCGGAUUCAAGAAGUCUAAACAAGAAAUGGACUCCUUAUCAAGUGGUGUAGGAAGCAAAUUGAAGCCAUGCACCAAAUUUUUCAGUACUGGUGGCUGUCCAUUUGGUGAGAGCUGCCAUUUUUUACACUAUGUUCCCGGUGGUUAUAAUGCUGUGGCACAGAUGAUGAAUCUGGGGCCAGCUGUGUCUUCAGUUCCUAGAAACAUUCCUGCUCCUCCACCAGCCAUGCCUAAUGGUUCUGCUCCAUCAGCAGUUAAGAGCCGCUUGUGCAACAAAUAUAACACUGCUGAAGGCUGCAAAUUCGGUGACAAAUGUAAUUUUGCACAUGGUGAGUGGGAACUUGGAAAGCCCUUCAUUCCUCCCCAUGAUGAUCCCCGCUCCUACGGAAAUAUGCCAGGCCGAAUGGUUGGUCGGAUGGAACCACCUCCUCCCCACGGUCUUGCUGCUGGGUUUGGUGCCAAGGCCACUGCAAAAAUCAGUGUGGAAGCUUCCCUUGCUGGAGCAAUAAUUGGCAAGAGUGGAAUCAAUUCAAAGCAGAUCUGCCGCCAAACGGGAGCUAAGCUGUCCAUCCGGGACCAUGAGACAGAUCCCAAUCUCAGGAAUAUUGAAUUUGAGGGAUCAUUUGAACAAAUCAAGCAAGCGAGUGCCAUGGUUUCAGAGUUGAUUGCAAGUAUUAGUUCGGCAAAAACUCAUGCGAAUGCCCCUGGACCAACAGGGAAUCAGGGUCAGUCAGGAAACAACUUCAAAACAAAGCUAUGUGAGAAAUUUUCAAAAGGGUCUUGCACCUUUGGUGAAAGGUGCCACUUUGCUCAUGGAGCUGCUGAAUUACGCAAGUCAGGGGUGUAAUUGUUUGAUUCAGUCUUUUUAGUUAGUGGUGGCAUAAUCUUGUAUCAGUGAGAGUUGUCUUCUUAAAUUAUUAUUUGUUUACAUUUUUGACAUGGGGUUAUGAGUGAUGCUGAAUUCCUUAGAAA